AUGUUGGCGACUUUGGUGCAAACCCACGAUAUUCCUCAUAAGCAACGGACUGGAACUCACCGAAAUCCAACCCGAAAACCAUCAGCCAUUGUGGUUGCUCCAACGCCACCUGCGACAAGCAGGCCCAGACCUCCCGCUCCCCCUCCUCCCGCUCCUCCACAACCACAGCAAACGAACUUCGAUAUUCACUCCUACUCAUCGCCAGACCUUCUUAAACUGCUUGCCUCUCUCCUUAGCCAGAUAGCAGCUACCAACGACAAACUCGACUCAAUUGCACACACUGCCCCGCCCUCCACAACGCCCACCCGAACUACCCUAGCCACCGUUACACCCACCGAUGCUCCCAUAUGGCGAACUUUGACCACUGCCUCGAGGACAGCAAUCUCGACUCCAGCAUCAGUCCUCACUUUCCAUGCUCGCAACAUUCCUACCAUCUCGCUGGAGGCCUAUCUGCUCCGCAUCCUUAAAUACUGUCCAACCACGAACGAAGUCUUUCUCUCGCUCCUUGUUUAUUUCGACCGUAUGUCGAAACUCAGCACGGAGGCUACCGGACGGACGUUUGUCAUAGACUCGUUUAAUAUCCACCGUCUGGUCAUUGCGGGCGUCACCGUCGCAAGCAAGUUCUUCAGUGACGUCUUCUACACCAACUCUCGUUACGCCAAGGUCGGGGGGCUGCCCCAAGCGGAGCUUAAUCAGCUCGAGCUGCAAUUUCUCCUCCUGAACGACUUCAGACUCGUGAUCCCCCGAGAGGAGAUGCAGCGAUAUGCCGAGCAGCUUAUUAUAUUCUCCAACUCUCCUGAACCUGUGCGACACACGCCGGCCUCUGUCACUGCGCCAAUGCAAGCUAUGGGCGCCAUCGAUGCCUACGGUGGCCGCAUAUCACCGAAACUCGCAAAUGGCGGGCCGAGCCAAACUCCGGACUAUGACACGGAGACUGAAACUGAGACUGAAGGCACGGAAACUGAUGGCGGAUGGACGACCGAUGACGAGCCGACUAUUCGGCCUGCCCAUUCAAGCGCUGGCUCGAGUAGCGACGACACUCGUAGCCUAAGCAGUGCAGAUGACACGGGUGAUGAGGCCGACAACGAAGAGGCAGAUUCGAUGGAUAUGGAGAUAGAGGCCAUUCAGGCUGGGGAGCGCACGCCAGAACUGGCUAUGGGCGCUGGUGAUAGGACACCCGAAAGGCGAGCGGCAGGAGGAGCAAGGACACCAGCCCCGAUGACCAGCUCAUGA